AUGAAAGCUCUUAAAUCUGAAGACGUCAAAUCGCAAGUUUUACUGAGUUUUGCUUGGAUUUUCCUCUCUUUUCAGGUUACCUCUUGUGAACAUGCUUUUUGCAAAGCUUGUUUGAUUGAUUAUGCUGCUUCCUUGGGACAAGUCUCAUGCCCUUCUUGCUCGACACUACUUACUGUUGAUUUGACAGCAAUUGCAGAUAAUGGGAAUCAGACCAGUAAAACUACAAUAAAGGGCUUCAGGGCAUCAAGUAUUCUAAACAGAGUUCAACUUGACAAUUUUCAAACAAGCACAAAAAUUGAGGCUUUGAGGGAAGAAAUCAGAUUCAUGAUUGAGAAGGAUGGUUCUGCAAAAGGAAUAGUUUUCAGCCAGUUCACAUCAUUCUUGGAUCUCAUAAACUACUCCCUCGAGAAGAUGUUUAUAAAUAAUUUCUAAAGUGCUUUUCACG